AUGAAGCCCGUGCUGGUCUUGUGGUCACUUGCUGCCGCUGUCGUCGCAGAUGACGCUCUGCUCAAGUCAGUGCCGACCGUGGAUCUAAGCGCGCCGACCGAAGAAAGCGUGGCGACGAUGCAGUCCGCCUUGAAGCAGUGGGGCUUCUUCUAUGUGAAGAACCACGGUGUAUCAACAUCGCUGGUGCGGGAGCAGUUUGGGGCAGCUGAAGCUGUCUUUGCGCUGCCAACUCAGGACAAGCGAAACUUGACUUUCGAGCCGACCCUGGACAUCGGCUGGCUCGCAUCGCAGGGCCUUGACGAGGAUAGCGGGAAGUUGGAUACCAAAGAGGGCUUCAUGCUCUCGACCAACGGGCUCUUCGAAAAGAACGCCAGCCUUGAUCCAGAGGACCCACUCAAAGGGUCUCGGCUCAAGUGGCCUCCAGUGAAGGGUUACGAGGCCACGAUGCGCCGCUGGACCAAGGAGCUUUAUGCGCUGAACCUCAAGUUGAACGAUAUCCUCUUCGAUGCGGUGGGCCUGCAAUCCGCGGAACGUGGCCGCCUUGCCUCAAGGCCUUUCGUCAUCGUGAAGCAGCUCCGCUAUGCGCCGACCCUGGACCAGCUGGGUGCCGGUGCCCAUGCCGAUUGGGGUUCACUCACCGUCUUGGUGACGGAUGAUGUCCCGGGCCUGGAGAUUGAGACGGAGGAAGGGUGGCUGCCGGUGCCACCCCGCCCAGACUGUUUCAUCGUGAAUGCCGGUGACCAGGUGGACUUUUGGACUCGUGGCUUCUUCAAGAGCGCCAACCACCGUGUCCGUCCCAGUGAGCCAGGGAAGCCACGCUACUCCACAGCCCUCUUCGCCUACUUCGACUAUGAGGCCCUCGUCACGCCUUUGCAGGAGAUUCAAGGAGAGGACCUAACCAAGCGGGCCACAAAGGAGCCCGUCACCACGGGCGACUACUUUGCCCUGAAGCUCUGCGAGUCCAUCGGCAAACCUGCCGAGGAGUGCCGGCUGCCCAGCGGGCUCACCACAAUGCACGAUACCUCCGAGCUCUGA